AUGAGAGUGAAUCUUGAUCAAAUCGAGUUCUACCAUGGUCCAAGCCAGCCGUCCUGCAAUAAUCGGAGGAAUUCACCACAAGUCCAUAUUCCACAAACCUCCCAGCAUUUCUCUCCCACUGAGGUAGCUCCAGGACUACCCCAGGCAACUUCAAAACAGGACCUACCAUCUAGCGGGACUGCUUAUCUAUGGAAUACAUUUGACUUUGAGAUUGAUCGGCUCUGUGCCGUCACUGAGCAUCAAACGACAAAAGGUGCCGAAAAAUCUAUCGCACCAAUCGUUCCAGCCGCGCUUGACAUUCAGUCGGAUAAUAGAGGCUCUCGCUUAGCUUCAUCCGAGCCAGUCCUAUUCGAAGACACCUCAGCGACACCAGUACCAUGCUGCGCAGACCAAUUGGAUUAUGUUUUUCCCGAUGUACAUGAGAAUGAGUUGCCAUAUUUCGUGCCUUAUGGCGAAGCUGCGGAAAAAGCUGAGAUCUCACCGGUUCCUUGUGUCACCGCGACUGCAUUCAGACAAGAGGGCAAUGCUACUAGCAGCCAAUCCGAAACCUGUGAAUCCCAUCAGAUAUCCGUGGAGGGAAGCUCGCUGAUCACACGGGCUCUUUCAGAGUGUACCGGUGCUAUAGCUGGUGGAAAGAUUACAAACCCGUGCCGAUCACCUGAUCUAAGUGAAGAUUUAUGCUCCCAUGCAAUUGAUGCUUCGGAGCGGGCUGGUAGUUCCGGCAGCGCUGGAGCCAAGUCAACUGCAUCUGGCCUCUCUUCUCGCUUGAACCGGAGCUCUAGUCUAGAGAAUUCUGGUGCUAGGACAAUCCAAACUUGCAACAGCCCAGUCCGCUACCCGUCAGUAGCUGUGGUUGUACCCGCGCCUUCAUGGAAGCAGCGAAGAGCCACCAGGGCAAGCACAAGGGCCGCUGCGGCAGCAUGCAACAAGCGACUUCGCUCAGGCCAAGCCGCCAUUAAUCAAACUAGCCCAGAUAAAUUUUUCUCUCGCAUUGAGGGCUCGACUCCGAAGAUGAAGACCCGGAAGCCUGCAUUUAAGCGUGUCUCUCGCCCUCCGGAAAUUUCAAUUCCCGCUUCAUGCAAUUGUACCCGGGAUAUUCAUGGGAUAAGCGGAAAAGCUCUGCUCACAGUCGUAUCAGAUGCUGGAGUCAAACCUGCGUAUUAUUUCACCUUUGUACCUGACACGAGUUCGAUGUCGCAUCAGGCGCAUCCGGGGGAUAUCUCAGGGAAACAAAGACCAUACACAUCAGAUGAAAAUGCGCAGUUGGUUCGGCUGAAAGAAAGAGAAGCAAUGUCAUGGAUUGAGAUUGCAGACUAUUUUCCUGAACGAACUGUCUCAUCCCUACAAGUCCACUAUUCGACUAAGUUACGGCAUAAGGCAAGAUCGAAACCCUGA